GACCAAAGAACCAGAUGCUUACAAUAGAUUAAAAAAAAAACAGUUUUCUAAUGAAUGGAGGUAGCGUCUUUUGUAUCAAGACAUCACUACAAAGAUCAUCAUCAAUCUUCUUCUCCUCCAAGAUCUUGACCCGACCCACUUACAGAUUUUCACCCGCAACUACAGUCGCCAUGAGCACCAACACAAGCAAAAGUCAAGAGGAGCUCGAUUCCAUUUUCAAGCAGAAACGUGUCGUGCGUUCCACUGUCCGUAAAUCCCUAAAAGCCAUGGACCCUUCCCUCCGAAUCCAACAAGAUGAUGCCAUUCAAAACACUGUUCUUGAAGCUCCUUGGUUCAAAUCAUGUCGGGGAUUGUGUGCUUACAUUAGCUGCAAGUCUCUUAAUGAAGUCGACACUUCUAAAAUCUUGUCUAAGAUUUUGCAACAAACUGAUCCAAAUACAAUGGCACAGAAAAAGCUAUAUGUCCCUUGGGUAGAGGAUAAGAACAGUAACAUGCGUAUGCUGCACAUAUCUCAUAUGGAUGACCUCAUUGCAAACUCUAUGAACAUUUUGGAGCCAGCUCCAGUUGAUGCUCAAGGGAAUCAGCGUGAAGAUGUGUUACAAGCAGAGGAACCAAUCGAUCUAUUCAUCUUGCCAGGACUUGCGUUUGACAAAUGUGGGCGACGAUUAGGCCGUGGGGGUGGCUACUACGACACUUUCUUGAAGAGAUACCAGGACCGUGCAAAGGAGAAGGGCUGGAGCAAUCCACUCAAGGUUGCAUUGUCAUAUUCACCUCAGAUUCUUGAGGACGGAAAUAUUCCUGUAACACCUAAUGAUGUUCUGAUCGAUGCCCUUGUGACACCUUCUGGUGUGGUUCCCAUUAGUCCUCGUGCUAUCGAGAGAAUGUGAGCUCAGGAGCUUGUGUCUGGAGAUGAAGCUCAGUUCAGUUUGUUCGUUGGCGCUUGAAGGUUGCAUUUUGGGUUUUUGCCAAUUCAGCAGCUGCAUCGGACAUCGCCAGAUAAUCAUUUUUUACUAAACUCGAGUCGAAUGUUGUUGAAUGAUGAGAUAUGAAAGACGUAAAAACAAAGAUUGUGUAAUGGUCUCUCACCCGUUCAUUCCAUAUAUAUUAAUAAGCUUUUCC